AUGUCUUCCGAAGCCCCCACUGGAGAUGUUCAGGACAAUGAGUACGUGUCCCGACAGGGUGAUCGCGAGCCCAUUGGCGUCCUCGGCGACGAUGCCAAGGUCGAGGAUCCUAUCGAUGCCGAGACUGCCAACUCUGAUGCUCAGUUAGAGCGUGAUGACAAGGAAGCCAUCGAUAAGAGCAACAUCGUGGAGGGCCGUACCCGUGGUGCUAAGCCUACUGGCGAGUAUCGUGAGCCCGGUGAUACCGAGGGCCUGGAGGAUAAGCGCCUCGAGUAA